CAGACGGCCCUGUCAAACCUAAGAGGGUAAAAUAAGAUCACGAUUUUAACUUCCUAGGUCAAACUGAUCUCUACAUGACCUCCAUGUUUGAUGACGUGUCCCUUGUACGAACCCCGGGUUUGUAAACAUGGUUGGUUAUAACUUCGGAGUGCUGUGGCGCGAGUUUCCGGUAAAACAGGUGACAGUUUUAGGGGUUCUGCUGGCGUCAGGGUCCAUCGCCGGUAGCAGCAGACAACCGUUCCUGCCGUUCCUCACGCACGACUUCUUCCCUUACCUGAAGAGCAAUCAGAUAGGCUAUUAUGCCGGGUUCCUGACGAGUGCGACCUUUGUCGGCACAUUUCUCGGCUGUUUUAUGUGGGGGAGACUGUCGGACAUUAUUGGCAGAAGACCCAUACUGCUGUUUAGCGCCACGGUGAUACUGCUCAGCACUGUGCUAGUGGGCUUCAGGUAA